AUGGAUUCACUUAGUGAUUCUUUAUUAGCAGCUAUUACAGAAACAUCUUUCCAUGAAUCUAAUCAUCCACCCGUUGCUGAAAAACCUCUUAAACCUUUAAGUGAAUUAAAUUUACCAAUAGCUGUUAUUAAUUGUUAUCAACGUUUUGGUAUAACACAUCUUUUUGCUUGGCAAGCUGAAUGUCUUGAAAAAGCAAGUGCAAAUGGAAAACGAAAUUUUAUAUAUUCAGCUCCAGCUUCAGCUGGAAAAACUAUUGUAUCUGAAUUACUUCUAAUUAAAUCAAUAUUUGAAACAAAACGAAAAGCAUUAUUUAUUGAACCUUAUAUUAGUAUUGUUCAAGAAAAAGCAAAUUAUUUUCGAAAACUUUUUUCAUCUCUUCAUUUACGUAUUUCAUCAUAUGCUAAUACAAAUGAUUCUUAUCAUUCAUUUUUUAAUAGUCAUAUUAUAAUAUGUACAAUAGAAAAAGCUAAUAGUAUAAUAAAUCGUUUAUUAUCAAAUCAUAAUGAUUUAAAUCAAAUAGGUAUUAUAAUUGUUGAUGAAUUACAUUGGAUUGGAGAAAUAAAUCGUGGUUAUUUACUUGAAUUAUUAUUAAGUAAAAUAAUUUAUUAUAAUCAGUUACAAACAAUAAAUAAUUCAAUACAAAUUAUUGGUAUGAGUGCAAUAAUACCUAAUUUAAAUCAAUUAUCACAAUGGCUUAAUGCUGAAAGUUAUGAAACAACAUUUCGUCCAAUACCACUUGAUGAAUAUAUUAAAAUUGAAUCAAUAUUAUAUAAUAAACAAUUUUUACCUAUACGACAAUUAAAUUUAUCUGAACAAUGGAAUCAAGGUGAUAAUGAAGGUAUAACAGAAAUUAUUUGGAAUAUUAUUGAACAUAAUUAUUGUAAUGUACUUGUAUUUUGUUCGACAAAACAUUGGUGUGAAGUUUUAGCUAAAUUAUUAGCAAAAAAUUUUUAUCAAAUUAUUCAUGAUAAACAAAUAAAUCCAUUAGAUAAAAUAAAACUUGAAGAUAUUAUUGAACAAUUACGUCGAACUCCCGCUGGUCUUGAUGUUGAUCUUGCAUGUUCAAUACCAAUGGGUGUUGCUUUUCAUCAUGCUGGUUUAACAAUUGAUGAAAGAGAAAUAAUUGAAAAUGCUUAUCGUGCAAAUAUUAUUCGUGUUAUUGUUUGUACAAGUACAUUAUCUAGUGGGGUUAAUCUUCCUGCUCGUCUAGUAAUUAUACGAAGUCCAUUACAAAAUGGUCGAUGUAUUGAUUUAAGUACAUAUCUUCAAAUGGUUGGUCGAGCUGGUCGAAAAGGUUAUGAUGAUUAUGCUGAAAGUAUUUUAAUUUGUUCAAAAAAAGAAGUUAAUCUUGUACAAAAAAUGUUUGAACAACAAAAAAUUAAACCAAUAAAUAGUUGUUUUUUUGAAAAUGAAAAACAUAUAAGUUUUAAACGAGCUUUACUUGAAAUUAUUUCAAGUGGAAAAGCUAAUACAAAAGAACAAAUUCUUAAAUAUAUUAAAUCAACAUUUUUUUAUAUUUGUAUUAAUUCUAAUAAAUUAAUAAUAGAUGAACAAUUAAUAAUUAAUAAAUGUCUUAAUUGGUUAUGUGAUAAUGAAUUUAUUUAUUGUAUAGAUAAAGAAAAUAUUGAUAAUGAUAAUAAUUUACGUUAUGAACCAACACAACUUGCUUUAGCAGUUAUUAAUUCAUCUAUUAAUCCAGAUGAUGGACUUAAACUUGUUGUUGAAUUAAAUAAAGCUCAACGAAAUCUAUGUCUUGAAAAUGAUUUACAUCUAAUCUAUCUUAUAAUUCCACAACAUUUGAUCAAUUCAAUGUUGCCAACUCUCGAUUGGAAUAUAUUUCAUACUGUUUGGCCAACAAGUGCUGUUGAACAACAUGUCGCACAUUUAGUUGGUGUUAAUGGUAUGAUUGUAUAUAAAAAAGCAGCAUCAUUACGUAUUGAAAAACGUGAAUAUGAAGAAAAAUUAGAUGGAUUACGUUAUGCAAGAUUUUUUAUUGCACUUAUUCUUAAUGAUUUAUUAGCAGAAAAAAAUAUGUGUGAUAUAAUAAGAAAAUAUGAAUGUACAAAAAGUUUUAUUCAACAAUUACAACAAACAACAGCUACAUUUACAUGUAUUGUACAAAUAUUUGCUGAACGUCUUUCAUGGAAUAAUUUAAAACAAUUAUUAAAUGGUUUUCAAUCGCGAUUAAAUUUUGGUAUUAAACAAGAAUUAUGUGAACUUGUUCGAAUUUCAAUUUUAAAUGCUUGUCGAGCUCGACAACUUUAUUCCGAUGGUUUUACAACUAUUGCUUCUUUAGCAAAUGGUGAUGUUUAUGAAAUUGAACGAAGUAUUCAAAAAGCAGUUCCAUUUCAAACAGCAGCACAACAAUUAGCUGAUGAACGUAUGGGUCAAGUAAGACGUGAUCAAUAUUGUAUAUUUGUACCUGGUCGACCACCAUUAACAAAUGCACAAGCAGCAAAAGAAAUUAUUGAAGAAGCUAAAAUAUUACUUCAACAUGAUUUACAAGCUAUGGGUUUUGGUAUUGUUAUUCAAAAAUCACAAAAUGAGAAUAAAGAUGAACAUAUUUCAAAUUCGGAUACAGAUUCAGAUGAAGAAGAAAAUGAUAAUGAUAAUGAUAAUUUUUCACCAAAAUUAUCUUCAACUAUACAAUUUCCAUGUUUACUUGAUGAUAAAAAUAUAAAUGUUCGUAAUGCUUAUCUUGAUGGAAAAUAUAUUUGUUCAGAAUUUAUUUUAAUGAUUGAACAUAAAGAAACUAUUGCUAUUAGUUGUUUUACUAAAAAAAUAACAAAAACAAUUUCGAAUCCAAAUGUUUUUCAUAUUAAUAAUCAAGAAGAAUUAUAUUUACAAUAUGUUGCUUGUGCUUUUAGUGUUCAUAAAGUUUAUAUCAUUGACAUCGCAGAAGAUGAACAAUACUUUCAACAACAUCGAAUGUCGGCACUUAUUCAUAUACGAGAAAAGUUAAUGAAUCGACAACAUAAUGUAAUUGUAUUCAAUGCAUUGCAUACAUUAUUUACACUUUCAUCUUAUUUAGCUAUACCAAGAGUAUAUGCACGAAUUAUUGAUUUACAAGUAUGUGCAUGGUUAAAACAAGAUCCUAUUGAUAGCGAACGUAUUUCAACUUGGAUUGAAGAACAUCAUAGUGUACUUCAAUUUGAUAAAAGUCUUGAUGCAUAUAAAGAUCAUUGUCAUCGUGAAAUGGUAUAUUUUAAAAUUGCUGGUGAAGUUCUUCUUUAUGCAUCAAUUGUUCCAAUAAUUGAACAACAAAUGAAUAAAAUAAAUUUAUGGAAUUAUUAUAUAACUAUUGAAAUGCCAGCAUUGAAUAUUAUUCUACAAAUGUUACUCAAUGGAAUUUUAAUUGAUCGUGAAGAAUUAAUUAAUGCUCGAGAAGAUCUUCUUACUCUAAUGAAUAAACUUGAAUUACAAGCAUAUCGUUUAGUUAAACGUCGUUUUAAAAUGAAUAGACAAAAAGAUCUUAUAAAAAUUCUUUAUGGUGAACUUCAUUUACCAAUACAACGUACACCACAUGGUCGUAUAUGUUUAAAAAAAUCUUAUUUAAAUAUUUUAGCUAAUAAACAUCCAUUACCAAAAUUAAUUACUGAAUAUCGACAAAUUCAAAGUGCACUUGAUCGAUGUAUUGAUCGUUUUGAACAAUAUAUUAAUGAACCAAUUAAACCACAAUCAUUACAACGUUUACGACGAGAAGCUUCAUGGCAAACUGAACGUACUUAUGCUUAUUGUCAUUUUUUUACAGUAACUGGACGUAUGAUUGUUAUUAAUCCACCAUUACAACAUGUUCCAAAACGUUUUCUUAUUCAAUCAUUACAAAAAGAAUCAAUAGUUCGAUUAAGAAAAAUGAUUAUUGCUCGAACAGAUUUUCAACUUGUUUCAUUUGAUUAUUCUCAAUUGGAAUUACGUAUUCUUGCACAUCUAUCAAAUGAUGAAAAAUUAAAAACACGUUUAAUAAAUGAUACUGAUUUUUUCAUAUCACUUGCUGCUGAUCUUUUAAAAAAAUCUGAACAUGAAAUAACAUGUGAACAACGUCAAAAUGCUAAACAAAUAUGUUAUGGUAUUCUUUAUGGAAUGUCAAAAGAAACAUUUGCACGUGAAACACAAAUGAAUAUAAAUGAUGCUGAAGAAUUUAUUGAAAAUUUUUAUAAAACAUUUCCUAUAAUGACUCAAUAUCUAAAUGAUAUUAAACAACGAGUUCUUGAAACUGGUUUUGUACAAAGUAUUUAUGGACGUUCAUUAUAUUUUGAUUUAAAUCAUAUGACAUCGAAUGAAAUGAUGAAAGCUCGAAUGGAACGACAAGCAAUAAAUUUUGUUAUUCAAGCAUCUGCUUGUGAUAUAAUGAAAGUGGCCAUGGAACGUAUUAAUCAAACAUUAGAUCGAACAUUUCCUUUUGAUUUAAAAAUUCGUCCAACACCUAUUCGACCAGUUUAUCUUGUUUUACAAAUUCAUGAUGAAUUAAUAUUUGAAAUUGAAAUAAGUUUACGUACAAAUGAAAUUAUUAAUAUAAUUCGUCAUGCAAUGGAAAGAAAUGAUUAUAUUAAUUUAUUAUUACCAGUACAAAUUAAAUCGGGUGAUAAUUGGGAAUCAAUGAUAUCCGUUGUAUAA